AUGCCAGCCAAAAAAGGUGAUUUAAAAUCAGCAGCCAAGAAGGCAGGAAAACCGGAGCCAGAAAAGAGCAAACCAAAGGAAGAAGAAAAGAAGGGGAAAGAUGACAAGAAAAGUGGAAAGGAUGACAAGAAAAGUGGAAAGGAUGACAAGAAAAGUGGAAAGGAUGACAAGAAAGCUGGGAAAGAUGAUAAGAAGGGAGGAAAGGAUGAAAAGAAGAAAGGAAAAGAAGAACCACCCAAGAGUAAAGGAAAAGAUGAUGGUAAGAAGGGUAAGGAUAAAGGAAAGGGGAAGAAAGAAGUUAUUGAAUCUGAGGAGGAUUCAGAUGCUGAGUUGAUUGAAGAAGACUUGAGCGAUGAGGAGGAUGAGGAGUCAGAUGGAGACAGGAGAAAGCGAGGUGGUAAAAAAGAUGCUAAAGGUAAAGCCGCAAAAGGAAAGUCCAAAUCUAGACAGGCUGAGUCUGAUGAGGAUGAGGAGGAUGAAGAGGAGGAUGAAGAAGAUGAGGAUGAAGAUAGUGAAGAGGAGGAUAGAAAAGCCAAGAAGAAAUCAAAGGAUCCUCACAAAUCUAAAAGUGAGGAGGAUCCAAAGAAGAAGAAAGCUAAAAAGAAUGAAGAGCCUCCACCUGAGCCACCACCUGAAGAGAAGAAGAAAAGAGGUCUGAAAAAGACCUCUAAACUUUUCAUGCGAUUCUCUUUAUUUAAAAGGAAGAAGAACUCAAAGAAGCGACUUAAAAACACUUCCAGACUAUUCCUUGGACUUGGCAGAAGAAAGAGUCGUUUAGUUAGGAAGAAAAGGAGGAAAUCUCUUCUCAGAAAUGCUCCAAGAUUCAUGAUGCGAUUUAAAAACAGCAGGAAGAAGAAAAAAGAAAAGGAAAAAAAAGAUACAGGACCAAAACCAACCUAUAUGCUUCUUAGAAUAGGGGGUAAUUCUAAACCGGCAGAGAAGAAAACUGGAUUUUUUAAAGGGCUUUUUGGAAAAAAGAAUGCAGGAGAUGGAUCUGCUUUUAAGAACAGUGGGCGAAUAUUGGGUAGGAUUGCAGGGGCAACAAAUUGGCUCACCAAGAGGUUCCUCUCCACAAAAGCUCGUCAGAGUGCACAUAGAAGAGAUCAUGAUGGCUGGGGUCGAUCAAACCACAAAAAAUAUCCAUAUUCGGCUGGCAGUCGCCAAACUAGCAUUCGAGGACCUGCAGGGUAUCAAAAUUAUGGAUAUGAACAUGACACUGGAGGAUAUGAUUUUGAUAACCACAGCAGACUUGACAGGGAUGCAUUCCAUAGGCAGUCAAUCCAGACACACUCAAACAGGUAUGGUGAUCAAUAUGCCUCCAUGUAUGGACAUUCUUCGUUUCCACACCAAUAUACUCAAUAUGAAGAACCAAAUAACUAUUAUGACAUAACAUCUCAUGAUCAUGGCUAUUAUGAUAUGGAGGAUGGAUACUAUGACCCACGCAUCAUCAUGCAGGAAGGAGGUGAAUAUUAUAAUGAUGGCAUAGACUACAGUGACCCGUAUGCUGAUUAUGAGCAGAUGGGCAGUUACCCAGAGGAAAUGGGCUACUAUAGUCAACAACUUCCAAUGGAUCCUUAUUUUGAUGAUGGGAUGGAGUACUAUGAUAAUAGUCAGUAUCCAAUGGGGAACAGCUACAGUCUAUAUGGGAAUGAAAUUGAUCCCCAGAUCCAGUUUGGAUAUUAUGAUGACCUUCAAGAUUUUAAUGGUGACCCAUAUAAAAUGGAGAUAGCAGGCGAUCCAUAUAUAGAUCAGUAUGGGGAUUAUGAGGAUCCUUAUUUUCAGGAUUAUCAGGUAAAUUACAGUGAAUCAAAUGUUGAUCCAUAUUUACAGUCUUCUUACAAUAUGUAUCAACCACACAGUUUUCCAAUGCAAGAUAUAAUGGUAGGGGAAGAAGGAAUGUAUGGUAAUAAAUAUGGUGAUAUCUCUGUGGAGCAUAUGCCUGUUCAUGGAGAUAUGGAGUUCAGAGUCCCAAGACCCCAGGUUAAGCUUUUUGGUAGGGAAAGGAUUGAUGUAGAGCUUCCUCCAUUGCCUCCACAAUAUGAUUUUGAUGAAAUGUCAGACAUACAGUAUGAAAACCAGGCCUACCUCCCUGGAACCUCCAUGGAUAGUGUUUUUCCACAAGGAGUUCAUCCUCAGGAAAUGCUUAAUCCCGAAAUGCUUCAUCCCACAAUGCCUCAAGUGCCCACACCAACAGCCAUGCUUAUUAAACAAGCAAAUAAUCCCCAAGGAUUUGUUGGCCAACAUAUGUCUCAUAUGGCUCAACCUGGUGGGUUUCCACCAUCCCCAACACCAAGCAGAAGGUCUGUAGCAGGGAUGGCGUCCCCUCUGCAUAUGCCUAUGGCACCCAUGACACAUAUGGCACCCAUGACACAUAUGGCACCCAUGUCACAAAUGGCACCCAUGACACAAAUGGCACCCAUGACACCCAUGGGAAGUUUUGGAGAACCAGUAAUGGAAGUUAGACGUUCCCCUUUACCUGUACGUAGGCCGACCCCCCAUGCUUCUCCACAGCUCUCAAUGCAUCCUGCUGGUGCACCUCCUUUAAGAAGAGCCCCAUCUCCACAGCCCUCUGUGCGUGGAAUUGGUCGCAUGGAAGCACCUUUAUCCCCCAGACUAACCAGAGGAAUGUCACCUUCAGUAAGUCAUGUUCAGCACCCUCCCUCUCCUCUUGGGCGCAAAUUGAGUCCAUCUGUUUCCCCAGUAGCUUCUAGAAGUUUUCAGCCUCAGUCUUCAUUCAGAGAGUCUCUGCCUCCUUCUCCAGCAGUUCCUAGACGUUUGCAACCUCAAGCAUCCUUUAGAGAGGCACCACCAUCUCCCCAGCCUCUGCAUGGCCGUAUGCCCUCUCGAGCUCCAUCUCUCCAAACCAGUCCACCAGCUUCACCUCAUGCAUCUUUUCGGAGAAAAAGCCCACCACAAUCCCCUCGUGCCUCAAUUAGAAGACCCAGUCCACCCUCCUCCCCUACACAAGUUCAUCGCCCAUUUGGUGCUAAGAAGUUUCAAGCUUCCCCAUCACCUCCUAGACAUAUGAGUCCCCCAUCUUCCCCUCAGAUGGGUGUGCACCCCAUGGCCAAUGUUCAGCAGAGGAAUCUUUAUAGACCACAAUCCCCAUUAAUGGCUCAGGCAGCAUCACCUACUCCCUCCCGGAGAAGUUUUACUAUGGACCCACAGUCCCGGCAACCACCAGUGGAACGUCGAUCCCCCUCUCCUUCCCUCUCUCGCAGGUCCACUCGCCUAAUGAAGGAUUCCCCACCUUUUGGCUCUCCUGCAGGUCGACUGCGAGGAAGAGGGCGUCCUAACAUCCCCAUGGGAGCUGUUAAACCAUAUCGGGGCAGAGGUGGUCAUUCAGGAGCUCCAACACAAAAUGUGCCUCCAUUUAGAGCAUCCAUAACUAGUAACAGGUCAAUGAUAGCACAGGACUUAACAGCCUCCCCACAACUUUCAGGUCAAUACGCUGGAAUGGGCGUAAGGGAACAGAGGCAUUUCAGUCCUCCAGGAACACCUGGUACAAUAAGACACCCACAGAGACCUAUUGGCCGUGGCCGUCCACUCAUGGCGAGACAGUCAUUGAGGCGUGCACCUGGCAUGAUGCCACCUUCACCACAGCCUUCUCAAAAACACAUGUCCCCUCCAUCACCUCAGCCUUCCAUUAGACAUCUCUCCAGACCGGCGUCUCCUCAUCCAUCUAUGAAGCAUGGCUCCCCAUUACCAAUGCGUUCCAUUUCCCCCAGGGCUCCACCCACCUCUGUUCAUUCCAGCCCAUUGCAAAACCCUCAGAUAUAUGAAACUUCUUUGCCUUUUGGUGCAGAGCCAAUUCUUGUUGAAUUUGAUGGUGUCCCACAGUCACCAAUGCUUUCAAGUGCUCUCCAAAAUCAAAGUGUUCGUAAUGCCUCAUAUGCUUUACCAGUUCAACAGCCCAUGUCACCAUAUGCUACUGAGUCCAUUAACGUUCAACAGCUUCCUGGUCAACCAUUUUCAUCACUUUCUCCCCAAAGCCCUAAUCGAAUAAAUGCUGCACAUGACUCCCAACUGCGACCAGUAGCAUCGCCAUACUAUCAUGAGAUGGCAUCCCCACUUCUGUCGGAUGCCUUACAAAAUCCUCAGCUUCAAGAAGCUUCUUAUGCAUCACCACUGCACAGACCAGGCUCAUCUUAUGCUCCUGAAGUGCCAGUUUCACCUUUGCUGUCCAAUGCUAUUCACAAUCCCCAACUUCGUGAUGCAACAUACAAAUCAUCCCUUCAGAGACCAUAUUCAUCAUACUCUCAGUUGGUGGCAGGCUAUGAUUAUAUUGAAGAGCCAGUUCCUGGUCCAAUGCUUUCCAAUGCUCUUCAAAAUUCGGAUGUCCGCAAUGCUUCUUACCGGACACAUUUACGUCGUAGGAGAUCCAGUGUUCCUCCUGGCUAUGGUCCAAGGAGAUCUCCAGUUCUUUCAACAGCUUUGCAGAACCAAAACAUUCGUAAUGCAUCAUAUCGGUCCCCUGUCCAGAGAAUGGUCUCCCCUUAUUCUCCUAUUUCGGGCUACGGACAGGACCCUAGAACAUCUCCUCUUCUGUCUCAUGCCUUGGACAACCCUCAACUUCAAAGUGCUACUUACCAGAUGCCUGAUGGUACAUUGGUUUAUGGAAAUCAGGGACUAAAUACAAACUCUUCCCCAAUGCUCGCUGAUGCUAUGGGAAAUUCACAGCUACGGAAUGCUUCAUAUAGGCUUUCUUCUGGGUCUAUAAUAGGCAUGGACCCACGACAACAGCGGCCUUUGUCACCAAACCUCUCAAAUGCUUUACAGAACCAAAACCUAAGAGAUGCCUCUUAUAGACUUCCAGAUGGAACAAUAAUAUACCCAGACUCUCAUCUACAGCAACCUUUAUCUCCAAACCUAUCCAAUGCCUUGCAGAAUCCAAAUCUGAGGAAUGCAACUUACAGACUUCCAGAUGGAACAAUAAUGUACAGAGACUCUCGUGCACAACAACCUGCAUCUCCAGACUUGUCCAAUGCCUUGCGGAAUCCAAAUCUGAGAAAUGCAACUUAUAGACUGCCAGAUGGAACUAUUAUAACUGCAGGACAUCGCCAAACUUCACCAAACCUAUCACGUGCACUUCAGAAUCAAAGCAUUAGAAAGGCAUCAUAUAGACUACCAGAUGGCACAAUAAUACUGGCUGAUCAACAACCAACAUCACCAAAUCUGGGCAGGGCCCUCCAAAACCCAAACCUUCGAAAUGCAAAUUACAGACUGCCAGAUGGCACAUUAAUAACACCAGACUAUGGGCAGUCCAAAUCUACUUCACCAAACUUAGCAGAUGCACUUCAGAACCAACAAAUGAGAGGUGCCCGUUACCGUUUGCCUGAUGGGUCAAUUUUGAAUGCACCAGGUUACAAUGAAGUUAGGUCCCCUAAUUUGUCAAGAGCUCUGCAGAAUCAGGAUAUUCGCAAUGCUACCUACAGGUUACCUGAUGGUUCCAUAAUUAUAAUAGCACAAGCUCUAUACAAACCAAGCAGUCCAAACAUUGCAAAUGCCUUGCAGAAUGAACAUCUUCGCCAUGCUACUUACCGGCUACCAGAUGGAUCUAUUAUAUCUGCAUAUCCUCAAAGAAGUCCAAACCUCUCACAAGCACUUCUAAAUCAAAACCUUCGCAGUGCUAGAUACCGAUUACCUGAUGGGUCAGUCCUUACUCAGGGAUUUCAUGUCCCCACUUCACCAUAUUUACAGGAUGCUUUAAAUAAUCCUCAUCUGAGGAAUGCCUCUUACCAGCUACCUACAUCCAUCUCCACAUAUCUGACAUCAUCUGGACAGGUGGUUAUUGGACCAGAUGGCCGAUAUGCUGUCGUUCCACCACAGCGAAAAGUGCCAGUUGGGCCAGAAGACCACUGGGCUCAGAAUUCCAGAGAGGGGCAAACGGCAGAGGAUUUGUGGGCUUCAGAAAAGGUCUUGCCUCAUGAUACAGUACAGAACCUCAUCAAAUGGUCUAUGUACCGGGAUGAAAAAAUGAUGGAAUUUCUUGCCCCGCCACCCACUGGUUAUAAACCAGGGGAGUCUGAGCUGCAGUGGCUACCAGAUCGUGAAGGGGAGCCAAAAGGCCGGUGGUAUGACAAGAUGUAUUCUAUACGGAGCUUGCCAACGGUAAGAUACAGGGAGAAAAGGGAAGGCGAUGGAGCUGAGGACAUGACACAAAUGGAAGAGCUGACUGAAACAGCAGUAUUGAUAAACCUGAAGAUUCGCUUUGACCAAGGCCUUGUCUAUACAUACAUCGGCAGUAUUCUGGUAUCAGUGAAUCCAUAUCAGCUGUUUAACAUCUAUGGCACAGACAUGGUUCUUCAGUAUGAAGGUCAUGGGUUAGGAGACAACCCACCUCAUCUAUUUGCCAUAGCAAACAUAGCGCACACGACAAUGAUGGACGUCAAGCGAAACCAGUGCAUCAUUAUCAGUGGGGAAAGUGGUUCUGGUAAGACGGAGGCAACCAAACUGGUUUUAAGGUACCUCACGGCUAUUCACCAUAACAGGAAUGUUACACAGCAGAUUGAGAUUCUGGAGGCAACUCCUCUGUUGGAAUCAUUUGGGAACGCUAAGACGGUCCGAAAUGACAACUCUAGCCGCUUUGGAAAGUUUGUGGAGAUCUUUAUGGAGGAAGGGGUAAUCAGUGGUGCCAUAACCUCACAGUAUCUACUGGAGAAGUCCAGGAUCGUUUUUCAGGCCAAAGAUGAGAGAAACUACCACAUCUUUUAUGAGAUGUUGGCUGGACUUCCUGCGCACAUGAAGCGAGCGUUCUACUUACAGGAAGCUGAAACCUACUUCUACCUGAACCAGGGUGGUAACUGUACGAUCUUCGGAAAGGAUGAUGGAGAUGACUUUAGAAGAUUACAGAGUGCCAUGGACAUUCUCAACUUCAGUGCUGAAGACCAGAGCAGCAUCUUCAGAGUGCUGUCGUCCGUUCUGCACCUGGGAAAUGUGUUUUUCCAUAGAGUCGAGUCAGAAGUUCAGGAGAUGGCUGGUGUAGUCAGCACUCAGGAGAUUCGUGUGGUGGCUGAUCUGCUGCUGAUUUCUCCCGAGGGUCUACAGAAAGCCAUCACCUUCAAAGUGACGGAGGCAAUGAGAGAGAAGAUAUACACACCCCUCACAGUGGAAGGUGCUGUGGAUGCCAGAGACGCAGUUGCCAAGAUCCUUUAUUCCUUGCUCUUUCACUGGCUGACAGAGCGUAUCAAUGGACGGGUUUACCCAAGAAACGAAGCACUGUCCAUAUCUUUGCUGGAUAUAUACGGGUUUGAGAAUUUGACUUUCAACAGCUUCGAGCAACUCUGCAUCAACUAUGCCAAUGAAACGCUCCAGUUCUUUUUUACCAAAGUCAUUUUCAAACAGGAACAGGAGGAGUACAUUCGAGAGCAAAUUAGCUGGAGAGAAUUGACCUUCACUGACAACCAGGCAUGCAUAGACCUUAUUGCUGCAAAGCCUCAUGGGAUCCUUCGCAUCCUUGAUGACCAGAGUGGCUUUCCACAGGCCACUGACCACACCUUCCUUCAGAAGUGCCACUAUCACCAUGGAGAAAACCCCCUCUAUUCAAGGCCAAAAAUGCCACUUCCAGAAUUCACUGUGAAUCACUAUGCUGGUCGUGUCACUUACCAGGUGCAGAAAUUCCUGGAUAAGAAUUACGAUCAAGUCCGACAGGAAGUACUAGAUCUGUUUAUGCAGAGCCAGAACCGAAUGGUGUCUAAUCUCUUCAUAAAGCAUGCUGAGAUGCUGAACAAACAGAAAGGGGCAAUGAACAGGAGCAGCACAAUAACUCGAAGAUAUCAGCCAUCAACUGUGUCUGCCAAGUUUCAACAAUCGCUACAAGAGCUCUUGGACAAGAUGGAGAGGUGCAACCCAUUUUUUGUGCGAUGCAUGAAGCCAAAUAAUAACAAGGAACCCGGUAUAUUCGAUCCCGAAUUGGUUGCUACCCAGCUCAGAUAUUCAGGAAUCCUGGACACAAUCCGCAUCAGGAAGGAGGGCUAUCCAAUCAGAAUGCCUUUUCAUAAAUUCUUAAAGAGGUACAAAGCCCUACUGGGAUUGAAGAAUCCACCGCCUCCAGAUGGGGAUAACUGUGUGUUUAUGCUAAUGAAGCUGUGCCCAGUCAACAAAGGGGAUUAUCAGGUGGGCGUGUCAAAACUUUUCCUAAAGGAGAAUGUGUAUCAGUUAUUGGAGAGUAAACAUGAUCGGAUGAUGCAUGUGGCUGCGCUCACCCUUCAGCGCUUCGUACGGAUGAUUUUUACACGCAGAAAAUUUCUCAAGUUUCGUCAGGACAUGACAUACCUGCAGGCCCGCUGCAAGGGCUACCUGAUCAGACGGCGAGUUUUGCAAAUGCGUCUUACCAUGAUCAAGUUACGCUCCCCGGUCCGAGUCAUUGUCAAUCGCAAAAGAUACAUCAGGGAUCACCUCCUCAUGGCAAGGAUAGCAGAGGAGGAGAGGAGAAGAAUUGAACUGGAGCGAAUAAGCAGGGAGGUGGUAAAUGUAUCACAGCUGGUGAUUCCUGCAGAGUUGGGAGGAUUGCUACAAGCCACAGCAGCUGGUCGGGAGCGUCAUUCAGAUUGCUUGGCUCUUGUUCAGGCUCCUAGAAUACAGUCAGACCAUCAGCUCACUCUUCCAUUGGACAUCAACAACCACCUGAUGACCAAAUAUAUACGUACAAAUUUUAGGGAGCUGCAGUUCGGGAUGGUAACGGCACCAAUGGAGAAUUCGCUGACACGUCUAGAAGAUGAUCUGAAUUUUGAUGCUCUUGAUGUGUUUAUACUGAUCUUGCGUUUCAUGGGAGAUCCAAACCUGAACGGUGCUCAAGAAAACCUCUUCGGAAAUUACAUCAUUCAGAGAGGCCUUGCAACUCCACCAAUCAGAGACGAGAUCCUAGCACAGAUAGCCAAUCAGGUGUGGCGGAAUGAAAACAUCAGAAACGCAGAGAGAGGCUGGUUGUUGAUGGCCGCCUGCUUGAGUUCCUUUGCGCCGUCUGAGAAGAUGGAGAAAUAUCUACUAAAAUUUGUGUCAGAUUAUGCUCUGAAUGGCUUUAAGGCACUUUGCCAACACAAGCUCCUUCAGGCCAUGCAGAAGUCUAAACUGGUGCCUGAUGCAUCACGUACAUACCCUCCAUCCCUGCUGGAAUGGACUACCAACCGCAAGAAAGCGCACAUGGUGCUUCAAGUCUACUGUUUUGAUGGUGUGUCCCUUCUGUGUCCUGUUCAUUCUUGGACAAGUGGUGAGAACAUUGCUGGAGACGUUUUACAACACAGGGGUGUGUCCUCGGAGAGCCAAUGGGGUUGGUCGGUUCUGAUGAAGGAGCCGGCGCAAUGGGUGGAGUUAGAAGGUCACGAUUAUGUUCUGGAUCUGGUGUGUGACCUUGAGCUGCUAGCAGACUUUCCCAAACAGAAAACCUACUUCAUCAUCUCUAUUGAAGACCCCAACAAGGCUCGACCUAAUGCAAGCAUAAGUUUGUUUGGCAGUGGUUUCGAUGAGGAUGAGCCACUCUCAUAUGCAAAUCGAACGAGUGCCGUUACGACCAACAGUCUACCGAUUUCUGAAAACAAUUACGUUCAAGACUCAGAUCUGUCCUUUGAUCCAUCUCACAAGGGAAUGGACCGGUAUUUGGACAGCCUCUUUGACCCAGUUCUGUCUGAUGGAGCUGGGGACUUGGAUGCAUCAGUUCUGUCAGGCCGGAUGAAAGGUGGAGGAGGUGUAGGUGGUGAUGGAGCUCAAUACCCUGACAGGGUCCCUUUCUCAGCCGCUCUACAGCCUGGAGCAGUGAGAGUUCUUCCACCCAUACCAGGCACUCCAGUCAUGCCUGUGACACCAGCGCCACCCCCUGUGCAAGUCCCACAGCAAACGGUCUUGGCCCAUCAGCAACAAACUAUCAUCAACCAGCAAGCUGUUAUAAUGGCUCAACAGAUGACCAUGCAGGCAAUGGCAAUGGCGACCAGCCCGGUCUCCAGUCCUCCAUUCUCUCCUCUCACCAGCCCCCCAACCAGUCCUCCACCCACCCCCUACGGCACCCUGCCACCCAGCCCCUACCCCGCCAUCCCACCCAGCCCCUACGCAAACAUCCCCCCAAGUCCGUAUGCCCCGCUUCCGCUGUCCACAUAUACGAGUCCUCCGAUGAGCCCACACCCGGUUGUCGCCUCCACCUCGAUCUACACCACCCCCGGGGGGUCACAGGGACAGCGUGAACCCCUGAAGAAGAUCAGUGCUCAAACGCCCCAGCCUCAAAGCAACAAAACUACACAGGGAAAAUCAUCAAAUGGGUCUUUUGGAAAGAAACAAGCCCCUGCUCCACCAAUAAAACUAGACAGCAGGCCUGUCAAGAAACAUGCUCCUGUUGCGGUCACAGGUCCCAUGCGUUCUACCCCGGCUCCUGGGACUGAGGUGGUCAAAUACUCUGUCUCUAACUCCGAGCACAUCGUUCCCAGUCACAACAUCAAAGAUAUUAUCAGGCAAUACCAAACACCAGACCCAGAACCCAUGCCACAGAAAUACAGGAGAGAAGGUAAAGGAUUUGCGAAGAAGCUGAAUCCACAUGAUGAGGCCAUGCAGAUCUUAAAAUCACAAAUGGACAAUCCUCCUCCUCCACAGAGAAAGGCUCCCACUCCAGCUGCUGUGCCCAGAGACGGAGGUCUCAAACCAACCAGAAGUAGCAAGAAGAAAGCCCCAGAGCCGCCACCGAGCUUACCACCACCCGUGUCCAGAGAUCUUCCAGUGGAGUCUGAGAGCAUUCAAACACAGCUGCACAGGAGCAGCAGUGGGGAGCAUUACACCUACACUAAUGUUCCCUGGAGAAUCUACCUCAGGAAGGAGGUCUUCUAUCCCAAGGACAGCUGGAAUCAUCCUCUGGUGUUGGACCUCAUAUUUAAACAGAUUGUUAUUGACACAUUUACAGAAGCCUGUGUUCGCAUUAACAAAGAUGAGCGACAGAAGAUGAAAUCCUUGUUUGCGCAAUACAACAUCGAGCCGAACACAAAUGUUCAGGAUGAAAGUGUGAAGAAGACCAUAAUAUCAGCUGCUAGGGAAUCAUGGGAGAUUUAUUUUUCUCGCCUUUUCCCCGCCUCAGGCAGUGUUGGUACAGGAGUGCAGGUGUUGGCCGUGUCUCACUCUGGUAUUAAGCUUUUAAAGACGGUGAAGAGCAGCACCGUAGCUCCAGAUUACUUCAGAGUCCUCCGGCCGUACAGCUACACAGACAUCCUGUUUGUGACCAUCCCGUCUCCGAACAUGCUGGAAUUUAAUCUGAUGAAUGAACAGUUGAUUCUCUUCUCUGCCAAAGCCCCUCAGAUCAAACACUUGAUUGAUCUGUUCAUCUCUCAUCUUAAGAAGGAUUCGGAGUAUGUGGUAGCAGAAAGGAACUUCAUCACAGAUGACCGAGGUCUGCUUAGCUUCCAUAAAGGAGAUAUUAUUCGUCUGCAAGCUAUGGAUGGAUUAGAAGAAGGUCAGAGUUACGGAUGCGUGGUGAGGAAGAAAGUCGUGUACUUCGAGGAGCUAAAGCGAGACACAUCAGAUUUUGGUUGGAGGUUUGGGGCGGUGCAGGGCCGGAGUGGAGCCUUUCCAAAGGACUGCGUGUUUCCAGUAGCUGCUCCUGAUUUCCUGAGCCUGCCAGCAGAGAGGAGAGAUGAGCCGAGAGACAAACAGGGCCGGGUGGCGGCAUCAGGAGCCGUCGCUCUCGCUGUUGGAUCCGCCGCUGCUGCACAUGAACUAGACCCAUCACUGGAGGUUUACAAUACAUAUACGUUACUUUACAUCAACAGACAUUUGGAUUUUGAUAGCUCUGAAGUUGAGGGAAACAUUCUUCUGGACAGCCAGUACAACAUGGUGGAGUUUGCCAAGAAAUAUUUCAGAACAUCGAACGGAAGCAAGAGCGACUCAUUUAGAGAUAAAUCUACUAAAAGCAAAGGAACCAAAGACCCCGCAGAGAUGGUGAAAUUCAGCAAGAACCCUAUUACAGAAUCUCUCAUAGACUUCACAGACCCCAACAUGAACCGGGUUGCAUCUGACAUUUUCCUUGCCAUAAUGAAGUUCAUGGGAGAUCAUCCACUCAGGGGCCAAUCAGAGCAGUUUGUGGUUUGCACCAUACUGAAGUUAACUGGGGAAUUUGGACUGAUGAAGGAUGAGGCGUACUGUCAGGUCCUUAAACAAAUUACAGCUAAUACCAGCACUAAACCAGAAAGCUGUCAGAAAGGCUGGCGUUUGCUUUACAUACUGACAGCAUUUUACCGCUGUUCUGAAGUACUGAAACCGUUCUUACUCAAAUUCCUACGAGACGUCUGCAGAAGUCCAGAAGUGCUUUUUCAUGGAAUUGCCAAAGCCUGUGAGCAGAACUUGAGAAAGACCUUUCAGUUUGGUGGCAGGAGUGUUUACCCCAGUAACAUGGAGCUCAAAGCCAUAAUGGCUGGCCGUAGCUCAAAGCGACAGCUCUUUCUGUUUCCUGGAGGAAUUGAAAGACACCUAAAGAUCAAAACCUGCACUGUAGCGCUGGAUGUAAUUGAAGAGUUGUGUUACGAGAUGGCGUUACAGAGAAUCGAAGCCAUGGACGAAAACACCAUUUUCAUAGUCACCAACAGAGGUCAGAAUGUGCGGCCGCUGAAUAAGAGGGAGUACAUUCUGGACAUUGCGACGGAGGCGGAGCAAAUAGACAGCAACUACAGCUUCUGGUUCAGACGAGUGAUCUGGGCACAUCCUCUCAAGUUUGACAACGAGCUCUGCGUCACCAUGCACUAUAACCAGGUUCUGCCAGACUACCUGAAGGGUCUGUUGAAUGUCGUUCCUCAGGGAAAGAUCAGCGACCAGCAGUUUCACCAGUAUGCCAAACUCGCUGCUCUUCAGCACAGAGCCAAAGACAGUCUCUACACACCUACUAUUCAUGAGAUUACAGAGUACAUCUCUGUUGAGAUUUUCGGCAGACAGAAUCCCCAGCAGUGGAUGCAACUGGUUGCCCAGCAUGUACAGGCAGUCCAAAGCCUGAACCCUCACCAGGCCAGAUCUCAGUUUCUGGGAUUGGUGUGUGCGUUUCCCAUGUUUGGAUCGUCUUUCUUUUACAUUCAGAGCAGCAGCAAUAACGCCAUCUCUGCACCAUGCGUCCUUGCUGUUAAUCAGAAUGGAUUGCACUUCUUGCACAAAGACACCCAUGAAGUACAGGUGAAGUUUCAGUUAAAACUGAUUCAGUCGGCUUACACGCAGCGGCCCAGCGCUGGAUCCAGUUACCCUUAUGUAGACAUCCUGAUAGGAGACUUAACCAACCACAGAGUCACACAGUUACAGCUGGAACAGGGUCUGGAGCUUUGUCGGGUUAUCGCCAUGCACAUUGAGAAUAUGCUGUCGGUUCGUGAGAAGAGGCUCACGCUGCCACCUAGUGAAAUUACAAUGCUGUAACAAACACACAUGCAAAUACACACAGUCUGUUUACAUUUUACAUAAUUUCUUAUUAUAAGGACAUUUUUCAUUGUCUCAUCUGAACUUAACUCCUUAAGGCAAUGUUUGCACUAAUUGUAUGUAUUUGUUAUUAUGCAUUGAUGAUAUUUGGAUAAAUUAAUAGCAUUAUUUUUGUAUUAACUGCAUUAUAUUUAUACAGUUGGAUUGUGAAUUGAAUUAAUUUUGCAGAAAUCCUCCAUGACGGGUGUUAAAUAAAUAGUUUUUGAAAUGUUUUGAUAAAUACACAAAAGUUAUUGUUAUUCAGAGUAACAUAAAAUCAAUGUAAAACCGUGCAUA